GCAGACAGACGCUCCAGCUCCGCAGGAGGCCGGCGCCCCUGGACCGCAAGUGCAGAGAUUUGGGCAGACUAUGUAAUCUCUGCUGACGGGGAAGAGCGGAGUUUCGCGGUGGCUGCGUCCGGCUUGCGCCUGCGGGCGAGGAGGUCGGUCCCUCUAGCCCGGGCGUCCCCGAGUCGUGUAAGGCAGCGAGUGCGCACCCCGGUUCCACUGUGCCACGUCGGCAGCCUGCAGCCAGCAUGGAGAAGGACAGCCUGAGUCGCUCUGAUCAGCAGUAUGAGUGCGUGGCGGAGAUCGGCGAAGGCGCCUACGGGAAGGUGUUCAAGGCCCGCGACCUGAAGAACGGCGGCCGCUUCGUAGCUCUGAAGCGCGAGCGAGUUCAGACCAGUGAGGAGGGCAAGCGGCUCUCCACCAUCCGCGAGGUGGCGGUGCUGAGGCACCUGGAGACCUUCGAGCAACCCAACGUGAGCCCGGAGCCCUGGCUAUGGGGUCCGGGAAUGUGCUGGGCAAGGGGCGGCUGGUGGCCCAACUGAAGUUAAGAGUUGAGUUUCCCCAGAUAAAACCGGUGACCCUGCUAGACAGGGCAGAAAAAGAGACCUGCGGUGGCUUCCCAGCAGCCAAGCUAUUCUGAAGAGCUUUCGCUCUGCGUGCCCCAAGGGGUCCAGGGGCGUUGGGAGUCUUUUAGAGACAAAACCAGACAACCCCAGAAACGUCCCUCCAGCCCUUACUUAACUUUUCCCGACCUGGGGGGGAUUUUUGAGAGACGGAGUGAGAUAGUUAUCCAGCUUGCAGAUAAUUAGAAGGAAA